ACAACUCUCUCUCUCUCUCUCUCUCUCUCUCUCUCUCUCUCUCUCUCUCUCUCUCUCUCUCUCUAGGGCUUUGCACUCAGUGAGUAUCUAUCUUUCUUUAGGCUUUCACAAAUUUGGUUAUAGUUUUGGUGCUGACAUAGAAAAGGAGGAUAAGCUAGCUACAAAGAUAGAAGAUGCAAGAAAAGCAAAGAAAAUAUUGAGGAGAUCAUAAGCUUUGGUGUUUGGGUAGGCAAAAGAAAUUGGUAUAUUAAAGAAAAAAAAAAAGGGAAAGAAAAAUUGAAGGGUGUGGUUGGGGGGUGUGUGUGGAUAAGACUAGUUUUACAAUUAAGGAAAAUGGGGAGGGGAAGAGUGGAGCUGAAGAGAAUAGAGAACAAGAUAAACAGGCAAGUCACAUUUGCAAAGAGAAGAAAUGGGCUCUUAAAGAAAGCUUAUGAGCUCUCUAUUCUCUGUGAUGCUGAGGUUGCUCUCAUCAUCUUCUCUAACCGUGGCAAGCUCUAUGAGUUCUGCAGCAGCUCCAGCAUACUCAAAACCCUUGAAAGGUACCAAAAAUGUAGCUAUGGUGCAAUGGAAGUCAACGAACCUGCCAAGGAACUUGAGCAGAGCAGCUAUCGUGAAUACUUGAAACUGAAAACUAGAUGCGAGUCUCUUCAACGAACUCAGAGAAACCUUCUUGGAGAAGACUUGGGCCCAUUAAACACGAAGGAGCUUGAGCAGCUUGAGCGUCAGCUAGAGUCCUCCUUGAAGCAUGUUAGGUCUACAAAGGUAAACCUAGUAUUAGUUUUACAUCUAUAUAUGCAUUUAAUUCCCAUGGAGAUAUUGAUAGUUCUUAGACCUAUAUAUAGAGUUACCACUUUGAUCUUGCUUUGUUUGUUGCAGACCCAGUAUAUGCUCGAUCAGCUUUCUGACCUUCAGAGCAAGGAACAUAUGCUAAUAGAAGCCAACAGAGAUUUGACAAUGAAGUUGGAUGAAAUUAAUUCAGGAACUCAACUUAGACAAACAUGGGAACGUGGUCAUGCUCACCAGACUAUGCUAUAUGGAACUCAACAUGCUCAAACCCAGGGUCUUAUGUUCCAGCCUUUAGAUUGCAAUCCCACCUUGCAAAUAGGGUACAACGCUGUGGGGUCACAGCAAAUGACUGCAGCCACACCAGCCCCUACUCAACCAGUCAAUGGUUUCAUUCCUGGUUGGAUGCUCUGAGAAUUGAGAAUUUGAGAUAGCAGCAGCAGCCUAGCAGAUGCUAUUAUAUAUAUAUAUAUAUGGCCUAAAUAUCAGUGAUCAUUGUUAAAAAUCUAGCAUCAUCAUAAUAAGUCCCUGUUUCACUGAACUUGUUCUCAAGGGUUUUGCCUUGGAAAGCCUUACAGCCCUUUUAAUUCAUCACUUCUAUAAAACGGCAUUCAUGAACUGUGGUUGCAUUAUUUGUAUAAAUCCUAUUUCAA